AAAAAAAUAAAAUAAAGUAAUAAAUCAUAAUUAUUUUUCUUUUGGGGGUAAAUUCUUCCACUUCCAUGGAGAUCGAAGGCCAAGAUGGAACCAAAGUUGCCCUUGAGAAUGACCACAAGACCGUGUUUGGGAGAGGUUUUGGGUUCAGUACGGACGACCGAACAGUCUCUCGUCGUCACGUCGCUCUCGAAGUUAAACCGGAGUCAACCCGUUCGGAGCCUAGGGUUUGGUUUGAGGUGCUGGGGAGGAACCCUGUUUGGGUUUGGAGCGAGGAAGAUGAGGAAGUUAGGGUUUUCAGAAGGUCGGAGAAGGGCGAGUUGGCCGCAGGGGAUUGGUUCUGCGUGUCUGGGAAGGGACCCAUUUGGUUCAAACUGAGAAAAAUUCGGGUUGAAGAUGGAGAGAAGAAGAGGGUUUUGGAGGGUGAGAGUGAAUUGAUGGAGAGUUUGGGAAGCGGGUCGAAAUUUGAGAGUUUUGAUGUUUCAGGCAUUGAUCCUGUUAAAGAGUUUGGUUUUGUUGUGAUGGGGCAUGAGUUUGACCUCUAUCCCAAGCACAUGAUCCGUGAUGUGAAGAACUGGGACUGGUUUAUUGAGGAAGACAGGAAUGAUAGUGGUGACGAUGAUGAUGAUGACUUUGAGAACAAAAAGAAAAAGAGAGUGGGGAAGAAGAGGAAAAAGAAGGAAGAAAAUGAGGAUGAUGAUUGGACGGGUGAGACUGAAGAUGAUAAUGACAUGGUUGUUUCCAAUGUGGGAAAAGUUAAUAAUAGGCCAAAAUACUCUACAAGAUCGAAGGAUCGUGACAAAUCACCUCACAAGGACACUCAAGGCAGUGAAAAGUCUCGAUUGAAGAAGAUUGACAGAGAUGACGACGAUGAUGAAACACUUGGAGGGUUUAUUGCUGGUGAUGAUGAAUUGGACCAAGAAGAAGAAACAAGCGGAAACGACGAAGAAGAGGAAGAAUUUGACGAUGACGAAGAAUAGGAUGGUGGGGAUGGUAGAAGAAGCCCGUGGGAAAUUUCAGCCUCGGUGAGCCAUGUUAUUAAAGCUUUAAUAUCUCUUCAAAGAGAAGCAACUAACCUCUUUGUGAUUUGAAAAAGCUGAGUUGAAAAGCUCCGAUGUCUUCAAUGGGUUCUGAACUUGAUCAGUGCGAAGAUGGUGCACGCACUGUGGAGCUUUCAACUGGCUCCAAUUUUUCGGCUUCAGGAAAACUUUUCGUUGGAGGCGUUUCUUUGAGAACAAGCGAAGUUUACUGAAUACUUUCGCCGGUUUGGAAUUAUAACAGACGCUGUCAUAAUACCCAACAAGCACUCUAGGAAGCCUAGGGGUUUUGGGUUUGUGACAUUUGCUAAUCCAGCUGAUGCUGACAAGGUUCUUGAACAAGAAGACCAUGUCAUCAAUGAUAGAAAGGUGGAUGUCAAAAGGGCAUUACCGGCUGGCAACAACCAGAUUUUUGUUGGUGGAUUACCGCAGCUUUUAACCAGUGGUGCUGUGUUGUUGAUCCUUAGCUUCUUUGUGUUUAUGCUUUGUGAUUAGUAGCUUCUCCUUCUUUUUCACCAUAGUAACAUACUGCAGAUGAAUUGGGGGGCUAUUUUUCUGAGUAUGGUGUCGUUGACAGUCGGAUCAUACCCGAUCAUAAGAGUGGGCGAUCUAGAUGUUUUGGGUUCGUUACCUUUGAGAAUGAAGAUGCUGUUCAACAAAUCUUAUCGAAGGGUAAAAUGCAAGAAAUUGGAGGAAAAAAGGUAUAAUAAUGUUAUGAGAUAUAUACUUUAUUACUUAUUGUUUGUUUUAAUAUUUGUUUUUUUAAAAAAAAGGGAUGUUUUAAUACUAAUUUAAGCUACUCUUAUUUAAUAAAAGUACAUUUGCAGCAAUAAGCAAUAAUAUCUAUGUACUUGUAUU